AUGACCACCAUGAAGCAAUGGACAGAGACUACCCCGGAUGCGGACUUUGCCGGUCUGAAGUUCGAAGAGACCCCCGUUCCCGGCGUUGGCGACAGCGAGGUCCUCGUGCGAUUCCACGCUUCGUCCCUGAAUUAUCGCGAUCUGGCAAUUGCAAAGGGCACCUUCCCCUUUGCCCAUAGGUAUCCAAUCGUUCCCAACUCCGACGGCGCCGGAGAAGUGGUGCAAGUCGGUGAUAAAGUAACCGAGUUCCACAAGGGCGAUAAGGUCAUUACUCUCUUCAACCAGGCUCACCAAUCUGGCGAUAUCGACCCCCAUGCGGCUUCCUCUGGGGUGGGUGGUGUGAUCGACGGCGCCCUGCGCGAAUUCGGCGUCUACCCUGAGACUGGACUGGUGAAGGCGCCGCACAACCUUGACUAUGUUGCAGCCAGUACUCUCCCCUGCGCUGCUCUCACCAGUUGGAAUGCGCUGUAUGGGCUGAAACCUAUCAAGGCUGGCCAGGUGGUGCUCGUCCAGGGUACGGGUGGUGUCAGUAUUUUUGGUUUACAGUUCGCCAAAGCCGCCGGUGCUAAGGUAAUCGCCACCACUUCGUCGACCGAGAAGGAAAAGCUCCUCAAGGAUCUCGGUGCCGACCACACCGUCAACUACAGAACUUCUCCAGGGUGGGGCUCUGCUGUUCGCGACCUGACCCCUGGCAAGGAGGGCGUCGAUCAUAUCAUUGAUGUCGGCGGUCAGGGUACCCUGGAGCAAAGUCUCAAGUGUAUCAAGAUGGACGGUGUCAUCAACAUCAUCGGAUUCCUAGGUGCAAGCGACCGUCCUCAGCCCACUCUGCUGGAUGCUCUCAGCCACAUUUGCACAGUUCGCGGUGUUUACGUGGGCAGCCGAGCCCUUUUGAAGGAUAUGGUUCGUGCAAUCGAAUCGACUGGACUGAAGCCCGUUGUGGAUCAGAAGGUCUUCGAGCUUGCAAACGCUAAGGAAGCGUUCCAAUACAUGGCCUCUCAGAAACACGUUGGCAAGGUCGUUAUCAGACUGUGA